GGCUGGCAAGGGCAUAUAAUGGGCAAUAUACACAAUCUCAGAGAAACAACAUUGCAAAACAUCUAUAGCAUGAUUAUUAAUGAACCGCGGUGCCCAGUAUCACGUUGAGCCGAAGCCUUGAUGUUAAUCUUCGGCUUUCUAUCAAACAAGAAUAUGGAGUACUUUUUGGUGGUAUUGGCAGCGCUUGCAGCGGUAGAGGCCCUGGACAAUGGAUUGGCCAGAACUCCACCAAUGGGAUGGCUAGAUUGGGAACGAUUCCGGUGUAACACUGACUGCACCAAUGACCCAGAAAACUGUAUUAGUGAAAAGCUGUUUAUGGCAAUGGCUGACAGGAUGGUUGCUGAUGGUUAUAGAGAUGUAGGGUAUGAGUAUGUGAACAUUGAUGACUGUUGGUUGGCCAAAGAGAGAGAUGAUAAAGGAAGGCUAGUGGCAGAUCCUGUGAGAUUUCCCAAUGGCAUUUUAGGAUUGGCCAAAUAUGUGCACUCUAAGGGUCUAAAGUUGGGUAUUUACGAAGACUUCGGCACAAAGACCUGUGGCGGUUUUCCGGGCAGUGAGUUUUAUCUUCAGUUAGACGCCCAGACUUUCGCGGACUGGCAGGUUGAUCUGCUGAAGUUUGACGGAUGCUAUUCUGAUCCCAGAGACAUGCAGUAUGGGUACCCAAUUAUGGGCAAGUUUUUAAACAUGACUGGCCGACCCAUUUUAUAUUCCUGCAGCUGGCCUGCAUAUAUAACGAAUUACACUGCAAUAAGGCAGGCAUGCAACAUGUGGCGUAACUAUGGUGACGUGCAGGACAGUUGGGAUAGCAUUCUGUCUAUCGUUGAGUUCUACGGUCAGGACAAAGGAAACUUCUCCGAAGCAGCUGGCCCUGGGGGGUGGAACGAUCCAGACAUGUUGAUCGUUGGUGACUUUGGACUGAGCAUAGAGCAACAAAAGGCCCAGAUGGCUAUGUGGUGCAUCAUGGCCUCUCCUCUCUUCAUGUCCAAUGAUCUACGGAAGAUGCCUCAAGAAUCCAAGGCUAUCCUCCAGAAUAUCCAUGCCAUCAAAAUCAACCAGGAUCCAUUGGGGAUCCAGGGCAAGCAAGUAUUUGGGAUUGGCAAUCUUCUGGUGUGGACACGUCCAAUCAUGCCGAAGGGAACAACAGCCUUUGUGGUCCUGAACAAAGGAACGGGGGGUACACCCACAAAGCUUGAUCUUAACGUUGAUUUGCUAGGACAGAACCCUUCGGGUUAUAAUAUCACAGAAGUGUUUGACCAAACGUCACUGGGCAUUUUCAAACCGUCAGAGAAAAUAACUAUAAGCGUUAAUCCAACAGGUGUAAUAUUUGCUGUUGGAACGCCAGUUUAAUCCUUAAGUUCACACUUAAAAAAUGUAUUCUUUCAUACAAAAUGGAUGGGUGUAAGGGGUUAAGCGUAAGAGAUUGUUGAUUUUCAAUUUGUUGCUUAUUGAGAAUUCAAGUGACUUGUCAAAAUUACCUUAUAAAGUGAAAAUACAUUCCAUGAAAAAUGUAAAGGGAUGUUUUGAUAAGAUUUUUUUUAUGAUUGCUUGUGGUUGUUGAAUAUGUAAAUAUGAUACAGUAUAAUUGCUGUGAAUAUAAUAAACCAGGGGUGACCAAGGUGGUUAGCAUGCCAGGAGCCUCCCACCAAUAUGGGCGCUGUGAGUUCAAGUCUAGCUCAUGCUGGAUUUCUCUCGGUCGUACGUGGAAAUGUCUGACAGCAACCUGAGGAUGGUCGUGGGCUACCUCCGGGCUCUGCCCAGUUUCCUCCCAACAUAAUGGUGGUUGCAGUCGUAUAAGUGUAAACAUC